AUGAAUGCCUGGCUUGCCGAUACCUCGAAUAUUCCUGGCCAGGAUAAUGGCGCUUUUCAUCCCUCCACUAUAGACCCCUCUGCUGCUUUCCUUCAUGGCUCCCCGACCUCCCAGGAUCCAUCCCAAUUCCAGCGCAUGUUCAACAAUGGCGUGCCGCGGAACGCUUCCCCAGGAUUCCACAAUCCAAACCAAGUGAUUCCAUCCAAGCGAGCGCGGCCAGAAGAUGGCAUGCCCAUGUCGCCAAGGCCAGCACCGGGUGGUGUGACGGGGUCGCGAUCCCAGACACCUCACCAGCCAUUUCCAGGUUAUCAAGGUCCGGCCAAUGGUAAUCCGCAAUUCUCACAACACCCAACGCCGUACCAGCAUCUUCAACAAGGAGCCUCUCCGAAUGUUACUCAGUCGCCCAUUAUGCAGGACUUUGAUCAACAAAGCGCUCGCCUGGGAACGUCUUCACCGAGCCCCUUCUCGCCUGCUGGCCCGCACCCUGGACCACACAUGUCUCCAUCGCAGUCGGACCACGGCAGCCGCGUGAAUACGCCCCAGAACGCCAACUUUAUGCAGGCGCAGCAAUUUGGUGGAAUGACCUCGGGAGCCCAUCAACCCUCAAUGCAGGCGCCGCAGUUCAACGGCAUGCAACAGAUACCCCAAGGCUACCACCAAGUUUUAGCAAGUCAGCAACAGCGGCUACAUGCCAUUCAGCAACAGACACGGAUGAAUCCAAAUUCUGCAAUGGCUGCACGGCCGGUUCCGGGAGGCAUGAGCCAGAUGGCCAAUUCUCAGCAGCCCAUGGGAGGAAUGAGACAGAUGCCACCGAACAUGCAGUCAAAUUUGUCGAAACCCAACAAUACGGAAGGAUUUUUGCGCCUUUUGCAAAAAUUCAUGGUUAGCCAGAAUCUUCCUAUGGAUCCAAAUCCUAUUGUCAGUGGUCGUCCGAUCAACCUCGUUCAUCUCUAUGCCACGGUGAUGAAGAUGGGGGGAUCGAAAAAGGUUACAGCAACAAACAUGUGGCCAGUAGUUGCACAUCAGCUGCAAUUUCCUCAGAUGCAAUACCCUAUGGCAGCCCAGGAGAUUCAAGCCCACCACUCAAGGAACUUGGCUCCUUACGAACAAGCUUUCAUUAGCUCGCAACAAAAACAAAUGGCGGACCACAUGCAGCAGCAACAGCAGCAGCAGCAGCAGCAGCAUCAACAGCAAAGCGGGAUACCGCGGCCGCCUAGUCAAUUCCAGUCCCCUUCUGUGAAGCCUAACCCAGGCUUUGAGCAAGCUCAGACAAUGGCACAGUCUCCUCAGAAUAACACGCCAGCUCACAAUAAUACCCCAGGGAACUCUAUGAAUGGAUUCGCCACGCCGACGCACGCCCGAAGCCUCAGCAGGCCAGCCCAGGCCGGAAAUCGGCAAAGCAUCUCGAGGGGUUCGCAGCCACCGGUCCCACCUACUGAAGCUGCGGUCGGACAAUUCGCAGCUCCUUCUCCGCAAUCUGUGAAGGGCGUUACGCCUGUUCCCGGUCAACCGCAGCCGAUACAACAAGAACAAAAGCCAGAGCAGCUAGUAAAGCGACCUAUUGAGGAAACAUACAAACCCAUGGUUCUGAGAGGAAGCCGUUUCCACGGGCCUAUUGCCGUUGAUGAGAUGUACCAGAUCGGCGAGGAUCUCUCGAGGCUAAAGCCAGACGUGCCAGGCUUUGCAGAACUAGGUGUUGUUGAUAUUCACGCGCUGACAAUGGCACUCAAGUCUGGGAUUUACGCUGAGAUCCGGGUUGCCUUGGAUACCCUGACAACGCUUUCUGGUGAACCAUCUGUUCAGAUAUCAUUGGAGAAUUGCGAUGACUUGGUAGAGAGCCUGAUCGACUGUGCUGAAGACCAGGCCGACUUUCUAGCUGAGCACAGCUUGGAGGAGUCAGAUACUAUGAUUCUGCGUUCCUAUGACGAAGUCACACGGGACUGUCAGUCUGAGAACACAUCGCUUGCAGAUGUUCCCGAAUUUGGAAGUAUUGAGUACGAACUAGACCGGGCCGUCGAUCGACUUAUCUGUAUCACCACCAUCCUGCGCAAUUUUUCGUUCAGCGAGACGAAUUUCUUACCUCUUGGUAUCCCUCCCGUCGCUCAGUUGUUUUCAUCCGUCUUCCAUUACAUGGGAACUCGCAAGAUGUUCCUGCGGACAAGCCAUAACACGUUGGACUUUAUGAAGGAUGCAGUGAUCUUGCUGAGUAACUUGGCGCAUGUUGUUCAAAUCCCCGGCAAGGACGAGGCACUGAAUAUGUUGGUUUUCCUGUUGGCGUUCUCGCCAGAGCCUGAACCCACAUCACCCUCCGGAAAAGUGAUGUUCACUACAUUCAACUCUUCGGUGGAUAGAUACACCCCAGCUGCUGUUGACGGACUUGCCAAAAUGUUGGCUAGAGAUGACCCGAACCGAACUUUCUUCAAAGCCAUCUUCUCUGGCGAUGGGUCUGCACCGGCCCAGCCGGAGUUGUUAACCCGCGCGUUUGGCCUCGCCAUCUCCUGCGUCCCCGACAAAAAGCCCAUGGCUGUUGUAGAUACACGCAAAGUGUUUUUGAUGCAAGGUCUUUUGUCGGCCGAUGUCCUCACCACAUUCGCCGACGGCUCUCUGGCCAAAACAUGGCUUGAGUCGGUCGACGGGUUUGCCGUCCAUCUCCUACGACUUUCCUGCGCACUGUGCACAGAACGCAUCCCACAAAUCAACAUGCGACAAAGAAGCCAGGCCGAAGCCGACGCAUAUGCUUUCAGCUCGAUUGUCAACCGAGGACUGGGAAUUCUACGCCGACUUGCCGAAAAAUCAAAGCAAGUUGACAACACCUCCCCUCUCAACAUCCCAUCCGGAAUCCUCCCCAGAAAAGAAAGCCUGCUAGGUGCACUGCUCCUCCCCAACAUCGAUGGCGGCGUUGUUCGCCAGCUCCUCACAUAUGCUCGGUUGGCGGAGUAA